CCACGUCCGGCCGGAGGAGGAAGGCGGAGAUUGCGGUUCCAUUCACUCACGGUCCACAUUGGGAGGCAGUUUGCGGAGGCAUUUAACCGCGUUACAUCGCGCUGAGCAGAAGAGAAGGACUCCGCCAUGGUGCUGGACCUCGACCUGUUCCGCUCCGACAAGGGCGGAGACCCCGAAGUGGUGCGCGAGUCGCAGAAGAAGCGCUUCAAAGACGUGGGUCUCGUGGACAGGCUGAUCGCGGCGGACAGCGCGUGGAGGAAGUGCCGCUUCACAGCAGACAACCUGAACAAGGUGAAGAACUUGUGCAGCAAGACAAUCGGGGAGAAGAUGAAGAGGAAGGAGCCCGUGGGGGAUGACGACUCCCUCCCUGAGGACACCCAGAACCUGGAGGCUCUGACAGCAGAAUCGCUCUUGGCUCUCACAGUGACGCAGAUCAAGAAGAUCCGGCUGCUGGUGGACGAGGCCGUGCAGAAGAGCGACAGCGAGCGCCUGAGGCUCGAGAGCGAGCGCUUUGAGUACCUGCGCGAGAUCGGCAACCUGCUGCACCCCUCGGUGCCCAUCAGCAACGACGAGGAUGUGGACAACAAGGUGGAGCGCACCUGGGGUGACUGUGCCGUACAGAAGAAGUACUCGCACGUGGACCUUGUCGUCAUGGUGGACGGCUACGAGGGCGAGAAGGGCGCCGUGGUGGCCGGCAGUCGUGGCUACUUCCUCAAGGGCCCCCUGGUGUUCCUGGAGCAGGCGCUCAUCAACUACGCACUGCGCAUCCUCUACAGCAGGAACUACACGCCGCUCUACACACCCUUCUUCAUGAGGAAGGAGGUCAUGCAGGAGGUGGCGCAGCUCAGCCAGUUCGAUGAGGAGCUCUACAAGGUGAUCGGCAAGGGCAGCGAGAGGUCGGAGGACACGAGCGUGGACGAGAAGUACCUGAUCGCGACGUCGGAGCAGCCCAUCGCCGCCUUCCUGCGGGACGAGUGGCUGAACCCCGAGGAGCUUCCCCUGCGCUUCGCCGGCAUCUCCACCUGCUUCCGGCAGGAAGUGGGCUCGCACGGGCGCGACACGCGCGGCAUCUUCCGCGUGCACCAGUUCGAGAAGAUCGAACAGUUUGUUUACGCCUCUCCUCACGACAACAAGUCCUGGGAGAUGUUUGACGAGAUGAUCGGCACGGCGGAGGAGUUCUACCAGUCGUUGGGCAUCCCGUACCGCAUCGUCAACAUCGUGUCAGGGGCCCUGAACCACGCGGCCAGUAAGAAGCUGGACCUGGAGGCCUGGUUCCCGGGAUCCUCGGCGUUCCGUGAGCUUGUCUCCUGCUCCAACUGCACCGACUACCAGGCUCGGCGCCUGCGCAUUCGCUUCGGCCAGACCAAGAAGAUGAUGGACAAGGCCGAGUUUGUGCACAUGCUCAAUGCCACCAUGUGCGCCACGACGCGUGUCAUCUGCGCCAUCCUGGAGAACUACCAGACUGAGGAUGGCAUCGUCGUCCCUGAGAAGCUGCGCAAAUUUAUGCCUCCAGGGCUCACGGAGCUCAUCCCAUUCAUGAGGCCGGCACCCAUCGACCAGGAACCGUCCAAGAAGCAGAAGAAGCAGCAGGAGGGCGGCAAGAAGAAGAAAGGGGCCCAUCUGGAUCAAGAGCUCCACAGAGAGGUGGAGAACAUGUCUGUCAAGGAGUCCUAGUUCUGCCAAGCUCUGCCCACACCUCGGGGUCAGCAUGGGGCGGGGCCUAACCAUUUCCCUGCUGUUGCACCAUCAUCAGUGGGAUGAAGCUAAUGGGAUGUUACAUGUGUGCCUGUAUUUUGGCCUUCCCUCUGCACCACACACACACACACACACACACACACACACACACGCGCUCCUGAUCUGGUCCUUCGCUGUCCUCCUCCUGUACGCGGCGCCCCCUGCUGCUCUGAGGGAGUCGCACUCGCUGGUUUCCUGCUGUAUUUAUUGCCUGUCGAUGUGCUUCAUACAGGUAGCAUUGAAUCUCCAUGUCAUCAGUCUGCUGAAAGUCUGGAAAUAAACAGGUCUUGGGUUCA